GAGUUCUCUUCUUGAUUUUGUAUAAACUGUUCAGUUUCUAGUUUUAAGACGUAUACCGAGUAUCGUCGACGAAGUAAAGAUCGCCUACUCUUGCGGAACACCUGGUUAUUGAUUUGUAUGUAAUUCAAUCUUAGUUUAUACUCUCGAGAGUUGGUGAAGACUAUGGGAAACUGUCAUUCCCAUUAUGACAUAUCCUAUAUAACUAUGCUUUGUGAUUUCAUUAUUGUCAACCCGUCCUCGUUUUGAGAAUGUUCAACAACUUGGAUUAGCCUAGAAACACUUGGCCUUAUGCUCUCAGUGCUGCGGACAAAAUCACAAAAAUGAAGAGUUUCUGAUCGACACCUUCGUCGAGAUUGAUGAACUGGUGCAGUUGGAGUGAUGAGUCAUUUGAAGAGAUGGAUAGCACUCUUGCUGUACAACAGUUUAUACAACAGGCCAUUAGGAAAGACUUUACAAAUGUUGAGGAGAUUUUAACUCCCCCAGAAGGGCAGGAUGAAGGUGUUUGGAAGUAUGAACAUCUUAGACAGUUUUGUAUGGAGCUGAAUGGCUUGGCAGUGAAACUACAAAUAAAUAAUGAAUGUAACCCAGAGACCUGUACCCAGAUGACAGCCACAGAACAAUGGAUCUUCCUGUGUGCUGCCCACAAGACUCCAAAAGAGUGUCCAGCAAUCGACUACACAAGACACACUCUAGAUGGAGCUGCUUGUCUUCUUAAUAGCAACAAAUACUUCCCAAGCAGAGUUAGUAUAAAGGAAUCGUCAGUAGCCAAACUUGGAUCUGUUUGUCGGCGUGUGUACAGGAUCUUCUCUCAUGCUUACUUCCACCAUAGGACACUCUUUGAUGAAUAUGAGAAUGAAACCUACCUCUGUAGAAGAUUUACAAAUUUUGUGACCAAAUAUAACUUGAUGUCCAAAGACAACUUGAUAGUUCCAAUUCUAGAGGACCAACAAGGAAUUGAGGGAGAGAGUGAAGCUUAGUGAGAGAUAACUCUUUAGUUUUUCAUAUUCUGCAAGACUACAAUUAUGGCAUACACUAUGAAGAAUUAUGCUUUGGUUAAGGGACAUAACUCCAUGAUCACUUAUAGGACCUAAAGUCAUCCUGUCUCGAAACAGUGUCUGUCCUUAGAAGUGGACAGACCAAAAAAGUUUCUCAUCGAACAAAAUUGUUUUCUAUUCAACAAAUGGUUUAGUUGUCUCUGUGUCAGUACAAACUUCAGUGGAAUGGCUUCAGUGUUGUAGUAUUAGGGGCUUAGUCAAGACUUAGAGAUAACAUUAAAAUGUAAGGGAGACAACUAUUACAGGGAGACAACUCAGGGUAGAUUUGUGUCAACACCGUGAAUGUAAAUGUUCACUUGAGAUGGAUCUCUUUGUUGACUUUAUAGAGCCAGGUCACAUCCAGUUGAUCAUUCAUUGUGUCAUAUAUUUGUCACACAUGUUUAAGUCCCACAUUCAUUUGUCUGAAUCCAUUAACACAUGAAUCUCCAACAAUAUGACUAUCAUUGGUGCAAUAUCUUGUAGAUUCUACAGUAGUCCUGCUGAAUUUUGAAAAAGUUAUUCUAUGGAAUAUCUAGAUAAAAUUAUAGCACAUAAAUAGUUCAAAUAAGAAUUAAUGUAUGGAUUAGGCUGUAGUUUCACAUGAACACAAAGAAUAUGUAUAUAUAUAUAUAUAUAUAACUGAUGCCAUCAAGAACAUCAAUAUUGAUACAUUUUUGCUACCUGGAUUUUAAUGAUAAUCUGCAAGUGUAAUAUGUGAAUAUAAGUUAUUACAAAAUUUGUUCGUUUUUGGAACUUAAUCAUUUUAGGUAGGGAAAUGCCUGUUUUGUCUGUAAAAUAGGGCAAAAAUUCCAAGUAAAUUUCUCUGUAUGUAGAAUUAUGUAUUCUUUUCUUGGUGAAACAUGGUGAUUUUGAUGACUGUACACAAGAAAUGACAAUUAAUUAGCUGCAGAAUGUGUGCAUUGUAUUUUGUCUUCACUAAAAAUCAGGAGAUGAAAAAUCACGGACAACUGAGGUUGAGAGAGUGCUUUAACUUAUAUAUAGUUUGUGAUGAGAAGGAUGUGUGUGAUAAUAAUAUUAGAGAUUACAAUUAACCCAUUUAUUAUGUAUUGUUUAUUUACAUAUUUGUAUCAAGUCGUAAUAAAUUGUCAUUUUGAAAAGUAA